AUGGCCGACAGCUUAUCUAAUUCGCUGUCCAGCAUACAUUCUUUGGGCAGUUCGUUUGGAAAUGGAUCGCGACCCUCCAGCCGUUCCCAAAGCGAGGCGUCCUUUUCAACCGCCAGGCCAGGCUCAUCGUCCCAUCCUAGAGGAAACAUCAGCCAUGAGAUAGACCAUAUCAAAACCCUGAUCUCGAGGUCGGCAGAAAGUCCCCGUAAGCCGAAAGAGCGCAUCUCGGCCCAGGUCUUUCGUCCGAGGACUACGUCCAUCUCGUCCAUCUCGUCGAUCGCUCACCUCGAUCAUGCCCACAUAUUCCACGAGCUCGAUCAGCUCAAAAGGCGCAUAAGACAGGAGCAGGAGCAGCUACUGCAGGCUCCACAGCUCACUCGAAGGAUCUCUCAAAUUGAUCCCGGACAAGAGUCGGAUUCUGAUCAUGAGGGAGUACUGGAUGAGAGGGAGGUGGAGUUGGAGCACGCACGAGAGGAUGCGAUCGUGGUUAGACAAAGGCUAGAUGGGUUGCUGGAGAUCGCGGAGCGGAACGUUGACAACCUGACUGCCGACAAGGAAAGACUUGAGAGUCUGUGCGAGCAGCGAAGGGAAGGACUGGUUGCUGCCGCCGUGGAAAGGCGGAAUCUCAUAAAGGYUCUGGACAUAGCACAGACAAACAUUGAGCUGCUAAAGGACGAGUUGCAAGAGACCGUACUUGAGCAUCAAAAGCAGCUUUCCGAAGUGCAGGCUAGGCAGAUCGAGUCUGAUGCUGUAUCUGAUCGUCUUCAGGAGCAAUUGACCCUGCUUCAAUCGCACGAAGUCGAGCUGGAAACGAAACUGGCUGCUACAAAAAACGAAACUAACAAGUUCCUGGAAGACAUGGAGAGGCUGAGUGCAGAGCGCUCGGCGAGUGAUGGACUGUUCAAAGAAGAAAUCACAAAGCUCCAGGAGAAGGUCGACCGUGACGCUGCUGAGAGCCAAAAACGAUCAGCGGAGAUCCAGGAGCUGCGGUCAACAUUGACGCGAGCUGAAGCUGCAAGGUCUCAGGCCGACGGCGAGAAUACAGAACGACGUGAACAACUCGUGGGCCAAAUCGAGCAAGGCAAAAGACUGCUGCAACAGGCUCUUCACGAUGCAGCUGUUCAACAUGCAGCUCACCAGGAGGUGAUACACAGUCGUGAUCAGCUUACGUCUGAAGUCGAGCAGUACCAGAUCAAGCUUGGAGCUGCUUUGUACCAACGGGAACGCACGGAAAAGCAACUCAGUGAAGCUCGUCUGGAACACGAGGAGCAGAAUCGCAUAUUGGUCGAGAAUCACGAGAAGCUGGUUGCAGAGCUGCAGUCAAGUGUCGAAUCGAUCCAUGCUCGACUGCGGGAACGUGAUCAAUCACACGCUUCGGCUGUCGAAGAGUUGGCAAAACAGCACCAAGAAGCUCUCCAUGAGUUGAAAGCCUCACACCAGUUGGAGAUUGAACAGAUCCGCAAAGAGGCCACGCACAAUGCCGAAAAAGACCGUGCAAUUCUAGCUGAAGAGUUGGCAACGCAACAUGCAGCCGCCAUUGAUGCUUUGAAGAGUUCGCAUCGUGUUGAAAUGGAACAGAUUCGUCUAGAUGCAGAACGCCGAACCAUCGAAGCCAGUGAAAAUCACGCAAGGAUCACCCAAGAUAUGGCAGCACGACAUGCCGAGGCUCUCGAGAACCAGAAGACUUCCCACCAGGAUGCAGUAGAGCUGCUUCGUGCGGAAGCGACACGCACUGCUGAAGAGCUCACUGAGAAUCACGCAAGGGCUAUGGGCGAUCUGGCAACACAACACACGAAUGCGCUCGAAGGCUUAAAGGCUUCACAUCAGGCUGAGGUGGAGCGUACUCGCGCAGAGGCAAUCAGAGAUUCCCAGGAGGACCACGCAAGGGCUGUAUCCGAGCUACAUAGCCAACGUCGAGAGGCGCUCAACCUAGCCAAUCUCGAAAGUGAGCGAAGGUUGGAGCAGCUUACAAACGCUCACGAUGAGGAGCUUGCAGUUCUAGAGGCCAAGAUUUCGAAGCUGCAAUCAGAUCACGAGGAAUCAUUGGCCACCGUGCGUAGGGAGCACGAUGCCGCGAUAUUGGAGAAUUCUGCUAGAAGCGCAUUGGAGCGACAGACGACUCAAACGGAAGCACGAUCUCGAGUUGAUGAAUUGACAGUAGCCCACGAGGCCACACUCGCUGCGAUGCAAGAGAGACACGCUCAGGGUAUGGCAGAGUUGACUGAAGACCAAAUAGAGUCUGUAAAAGCCGAGGAGGAGCGUCGCACCUUGCUGCAGGCUUCACAUGAAGCAGAAUUGGCAGCUCGUCACAGUCAGCAUGAACAAUUGGUAGCCCAGCUGCGUGCCGACUACGCUUCGGAAAGGGACGCCUCUAACAUUGAACAGAAACAGAGUGUAUUGCAGCUUCAAGAAGAGCACCAGAACGAAUUGACUGGUGAAUGUGAAAGGGCUCAAAAGUCAAUCGCGGAAGCUGAGGUUGCGCAUCGAAGUGCCUUGGAAAGCGUCACGGCGGAACACCAAUCCGCAAUCUCUGAAGUGCAGGCUGACCUCCACAACACUUACAAGGCAUUGGAGAGUCUAAAGACGAGUUCGGCGGAAGAGAGAGCUCGUGCAGAAUUUGAACAUGAACAACGGGUUGUCAAGCUGGAAUCUGGCUGGUCAAAAGUAGCUGAAGAUACACUGAAGGCUCAUAAAAGUGAUAUGCAGAAAGCGGCCGACGAAGCUGCACGGAAUCUGGAUGCCGCAAUCCAGCGUUUUCAGGGACAGCUUGCUGAGCGUGACGCCGCAGAAGUAUCCCGUGUUGUGGCGUUCAAAGAUGCCCACGCGCAAGAGAUACUUUGCAUCCGGGAUAGUGCCAAGACGGAUGUCGAAGCCGCCCAUGCCGAACUCGAAACAACAAAAGAACAGUUGCUCGCUGCUCACAGUGGAGAAGUGGAUCGAUUGCGGCUAGGAGCCGAUGCUCGCUCCGAGGAAACGCGGGCAGGACAUGAGUUGGAAGUCGGCGCCCUCCGCGAGAAGCUGGAAGCCGCAGAAUCGACAAUGAAGAAUGCCAUUGAGGAGCACGCACGCUUAACGACAGACUUACGGAAUACACAGGUUGCAGAAUUGCAGCGUUUGAAGACGGAACACGACCGAGAGACGAACGAAAGAGAGACAAAGAGUCACGCAGAGAUGGAGCUUCUACGAAAGGAUUCCGUGGAGGUGUUGUCAAGGGUCAGCGCGAUCGAAGCUGGAUACGAUGCGAAGAUUGAGAACCUCAAGCUUAGCUACGCUGCCGAACUCACAAUCCUCAAAAACGAGGUUGCGGCAUACGAUGAAGCCAUCGAGUCGAAGAACGAAGACGUUAGGGGGUUGAAGCAGGAGGUGGAAAAUCUACAAUCACGUCUCGAGGAAGCUCGUUCGGAGAUGGAAGAGAGAGAAUAUGUAUUGCAGAAGCAACAUAGAACAGCUCGGGAUGCCUCUGUGGAACGAGCUYACCAGAGCGGACAAGCUGAGCUGCGAAAUCUGAAAAAGCGACAUCAAGACGCAGUAUCACAGGUCCGGGCGACCGCACAGAGACAGGCAGCUGCACAACUCACCGAACUUGAAAAGUUGCAUCAAAAGGAGCUCGAAACCUUUAGCCAGAAUGCUUCGGAAGCCCAUCAGGCCGAACUCAUGCGGCUCGAAAUGGAUAAUCGGAAUAAGUUGGCUGAGCUGGAGAACAAGCUACAGGAGAAGCAUCAAUUGGAGCUCUCAUUGAAAGAUGCUGCCUACCUUUCUGAAAUGACAGCUUUGCAGGCCAGGAUGGACGCCUCUCUCACCGGCCAAGCAGAAGCAGAGAGGACUGUCGCGUUGCUGCGACGGCAGGCCACGAAGACUCACAGCCGUUCGCCAGAUUCAAAAGCCUCUGCCAACGACCAGGUGGCUUCGUUGCAAAAGGAGAACGAAGACCUGUCCAAGAAACUUUUGAUCCUCCAGUCCUCCUUGCGCGACUCGCAAAGGAAAGGCGGCAGUAGCACGAGCAGUCCAUCACGUGGUCACGAGCAUGUCGAGCUUGCGUCGCUGAAAUUGCAGCUCGACAAUCUCGAGCAAGAGCGCUCUGCAAUGCGGCGGACAAUGGAGAAGAGAUCGGCGGAGAAUUUGGAACUUGUACGCCAGAACGGUUUCCUUGUGAAGGAGCUCGAAGUUAUCCUAGCCCAAUUAUCCAGGAACAAGAAAUCAGCCUCGCCAACGGUCGACGCGCUUGUACAGACGGAAGCUUUGAUUUCAGAGCUCAAGGUCGAUUUGUCGUCCGCGCGGCUGCUUAAAGAGCAGUCCCUUGCAGGCAUGCGGCCUACGACUCCUCUAAGCCCCGGCAAUCGACAAGCUAAAGACGAAAUCGACAUGGCCUGGACCACGCGCUCCUUUGAGGACUAUCUCCAAAACGCACAUGCCGAGCUAUCGCAGCUGGGCUCCGUGAUCUCCGCUAAUGAGACACUGUUCGCGAGGAAGAUUUCUGAACACGUUGGGGAGCUGCAAAAGGCCAAAGACAAACUCGCUGCCGAUUACGAUUCCAAAAUCAAAGGCCUCGCUGYGGACAAGGAAAAGAUCGAAGCCAUGGUUUUGACGAAGCAGCAAGCCGCAUUCGCUCAAGAUCGAAAAGCACUCGUCGCCAGCUAUACCGAAGGUUCCACCGACUUCAAACCAACGCCACGACUUCCGGAUAGAAAUGCAGUCGCUCUUCGCAAUGCCGAAGAACGACUUGUUGCAGACUACAACAAGAGAAUCGUCAGACGCAAGUCGCACAUCGCGCUCAAGCAUGCCCAAGAGUUCCAGAGCCUGACGCGGGAUUACGACCGCAAGGUUGCAGAUCUUCUCGACAACCGAUCUCAAAUCGAGGGCGACCUUUCAAUCGACCCAACCAAGUUUGAGCAAGACAUUGGGGAGCUUCAGACCACAUCGGCAAGGUUGGCAGAGCGGCCCAGCCCAGCCGCUAGCCAACAGCAUCCUGAAGCCAGUCCAAGUCCCUCACCAAUUGAAUGGGCAUUGAGACCUCAUUCCAUACGCCGUCGAAGUCCCAYGGAUCCAGCGCCAGAGGAAAGAUCAAGGCCACGAACUCGGACGAGCACUCCUCGCACAUCAUGUUCCAUACCAAGGUCAUCUUCCGUUCCGCGCGCAGCUCUAUCUGGCGACAACAACAGCGGCGAACGGGCGGUCUCGCAGUCUUUUAGGGGCGCCGAGAAGCAUCCUCCUGUCCCGCAGCUCUCUCUUAUGCGAGGCAAGACCCCAUCUGACGUAUACGCCAGUUCAGGAAGAGCUGCAUCGAGCCCACUGCUAGGUACGACGAGUCCACUACUUGGUGCAACAAGUCCACGACUUGGUACGACGAGCCCACUACUUGGCGCAACGAGUCCACGACUUGGUACGACGAGUCCACUGAUCAAUAAUGCACCAUCUGUAAAACAACCAGUGACCCCACAGACUCUAAGGCGCACCAGCCAGCGGAUAUCGCCUCAGCCGCCGCCACCAAGCCGURGGAAGAGCGACAAACCAAAGCACCUCAACAUCGAACCCAUCCCUUUCGAACAACAACGCCCAGUCCAUCGACAAACGUCCUAUAUUAAAGGCGCAGUCAACCCGAAGGUGCUGGAGCCCUCUAAGCUUGGAUUCCUGCGAAGAGUCGUGGACAAGAUCUCCUCACCAUCGUCACCUCCUCGACCUAGCUCAUCAUCUUCCGCAUAUUCAUCCUCCACGCGGCUCGGCCAUCGGGCACGUCAAAAGUCGACGAGAGUUUCGAAUGGCAUGAUUUAA